AAUGACUCUGGAGUCCAUCAUGGCGUGCUGCCUGAGCGAGGAGGCCAAGGAAGCCCGGCGGAUCAACGACGAGAUCGAGCGGCAGCUCCGCAGGGACAAGCGGGACGCCCGCCGGGAGCUCAAGCUGCUGCUGCUCGGGACUGGAGAGAGUGGCAAGAGUACGUUCAUCAAGCAGAUGAGAAUCAUCCACGGGUCGGGAUACUCUGAUGAAGACAAAAGGGGCUUCACCAAGCUGGUGUAUCAGAACAUCUUCACGGCCAUGCAGGCUAUGAUCAGAGCCAUGGACACGCUCAAGAUCCCCUACAAGUACGAGCACAAUAAGGCUCAUGCACAAUUAGUUCGAGAAGUUGAUGUGGAGAAGGUGUCUGCUUUUGAGAAUCCCUACGUAGAUGCAAUAAAGAGUUUAUGGAAUGAUCCUGGAAUCCAGGAAUGCUAUGAUAGACGACGAGAAUAUCAAUUAUCUGACUCUACCAAAUACUAUCUUAAUGACUUGGACCGUGUUGCCGACCCUGCCUACCUGCCUACGCAACAAGAUGUGCUUAGAGUUCGAGUCCCCACCACAGGGAUCAUCGAAUACCCCUUUGACUUACAAAGUGUCAUUUUCAGAAUGGUCGAUGUAGGGGGCCAAAGGUCAGAGAGAAGAAAAUGGAUACACUGCUUUGAAAAUGUCACCUCUAUCAUGUUUCUAGUAGCGCUUAGUGAAUAUGAUCAAGUUCUCGUGGAAUCCGACAAUGAGAACCGAAUGGAGGAAAGCAAAGCCCUCUUUAGAACAAUUAUCACAUAUCCCUGGUUCCAGAACUCCUCAGUUAUUCUGUUCUUAAACAAGAAAGAUCUUCUAGAGGAGAAAAUUAUGUAUUCCCACCUAGUUGACUACUUCCCGGAAUAUGAUGGACCCCAGAGAGAUGCCCAGGCAGCUCGAGAAUUCAUCCUGAAGAUGUUCGUGGACCUGAACCCAGACAGUGACAAAAUUAUCUACUCCCACUUCACGUGCGCCACAGACACCGAGAACAUCCGCUUUGUCUUUGCUGCCGUCAAGGACACCAUCCUCCAGUUGAACCUGAAGGAGUACAAUCUGGUCUAAUUGUGCCUCCUCGACACCGCCCUUCCCUUCCUUGGUGGGCUAUCGAAGCUGUACAAGAGGGACUGUAUUUCUGUGGAAAGCAAUUUGCAUAAUACUAAUUUAUUGCCGUCCAGGACUCUGUGUGAGCGUGUCCACAGAGUUUGUAGUAAAUAUUAUGAUUUUAUUUAACUAUUCAGAGGAAAAACAGAAUGCUGAAGUACAGUCCCAGCACAUUUCCUCUCUAUCUUUUUUUUUAGGCAAAACCUCGUGACUCAAUGUAUUUUAAAUUCUCAGUCAUGCACUCACAAAGAUAAGAGUUGAUUCAUUGUUUUCCUCUCUGUCCCUGUCCCUCUUUCUCUCCCCCCACCCCUCUUUCCUCCUUUCCCACUGAGCAAAAUGAAGCUGAUUUCCUAUUUCCUAACCUAUAACCUCCCUCCUGAUUUUUCCCGGGUUACAAUGGCCUUUAUCCUAGUUCCAUCCUUGGUCAGGUUUUUCUCCCGAAUGAAACGGUUCAGGAUGACAUCAUUCGAUUUAAGCCAUCAACAUCAGCUUAGUUGAACAUUUUUUAGUUUUUGCUGAAGGAUUACAAGUAUUAAUACUAUGGUUUUAACUGUAUUGCUCUGGAUACACAUAUAGAGGUUUUUAUGUAAGUAUAUUGUCUUGCCUCACUUUGGCCUGGAUGCCUGUCUAACAGUUAAGUGUCAUUCCUUUUGGAUUUCUGCCUUCAGCCAUAGUGUGGCUGCUCAGAGGGAUGUGCAGAUGUCAGUGAGACGAGGGCAGAGACGCGCGGAAGGAGUCCUAUCUUUUAAAAUGCCACAUGCCAUCGUCCUUCCUCCCUUCCUUGCUUUUUCUUUUUUCACCCUCUCUUCUUUAAAUCACAGAUGCCAAAAAAAAAAAAAAAAUGCCAACAGACACUACAUUACCCUAGUGGCUGCUACCCAGGGCCUUUUCAUAGGUUGCUCUUAAUUUUUUUCCCCUUGGUUAGGAUUUUUCCUCCCUUUUUUUUCUGAGUGUUUGGGCCACAAUUUUUAGUUGAUUUUUAUUAUAGGUCUGUGUUGCCAAAGCUGGCUUUUUGUAAAACAGAAUAAGAACUUAAACGAUAAAAGCCAGUAUCUUAAAAUGUAAGAGAAUAAGACUGUGAAGCCUAAAAUGAUUGGCUGAGAAUGAACCUGCAACACCAAUUGCCAAACAAUUGGUAACUGUACAUUUGAUUCUCACGGUCCAUGCUUUUUUAGUCCUUACUGUUGAGUCUCCACGUUCCAUGUCGAGUGUCCAAAUCAGCAAUGUGGAAAAGUGUCCUCUGUGAUGCAACGUGACAUUUGCUUGUGUCUCUUCAUUUGAAGCCAGUUGUACUCUUUAUGUUCUUUAAGGUCGAGUAGGUCUGCCAAGAACACUGAUUGAUAGUAUUAUUCUGACACCUUUAAUUUGCAAAAUCUGAAGCUACUGCUCGUUUACCACCUUUGGAUCUUUUUAAACUGGUGACUGGUUAAGUAGAACUUAAGGAAGAUUUGUGGACUAAACUCAAAAGUAACCUCUCACUGUUCUGUAGAACACUAUUUAUGUAACUGAACCUGCUUGGAGAGAGAUCUGGAGUUCUCUGUGUGCAAUUUCCAACAAAUGCAAAAAAAUACAGCACGUGCAUGGAUGAGCUCUCCUGUCAAGCAGCGUGAGUUGAAAUAGGUUUUAAGAAAAUAAAUCCAGAUUGUUUUAAACCUGCUGGAAAGUUAGAAUGAGGCCAUGAUGUGGUCUCAUUUUAACUAUAAUGCUAUUUGGCACAAGUCUGAACUUCCAUUUAAAUCACUCUCUUGAAACAGCAAAGGGGAGGGAGAAAACUGUGGGCUUAUUAGAUGAGGACAAGGGUUAUUACUAAGUGGUAAUGCAGUGUUCUCAUUCUGCACUCUCCCAGCCUCAAACAACACAGGUUACUUUUUUUUUUCCUUGCUCAGAAAGCACCUGUAAUUUAAUCAAGAAACAGACUGCCUGUAAGUAUAGUGCAAUUAUGAAUGCUCUAAUCGUUGUACAUACAUCUCUCCCUUGAUAUUGCAGCAUCCAUACUGGCUUUGUGAUCAUUAAUUGUUUUGGCAGAUUGAAUGUGCUGUAUUGAUAUGUAUCUAUGUAAUUGUAUGUCUUAUAGCUAAUUCACAUUUUGAAUAAUGUUAUUUUAUUUACUUUUUUAAGAGAGGAGAAUGUAAAUUUGUCAGUUUAUUUCUGACUAGGGAUAUUUUUUUUUUCCAUUUAGAAAACAAGAAAAAAAAAAAAACCUUACUCUCGUACAGAGCGGUACUAGCAUCGUGCUGUAUAAAAUCAUUUGCACAUUCCUGAGUAGAGGUAUACUGAUUAUAAGACCCAAAGGUAAUUUCAUAGCAAAAUACAUAAAAUCAGUUGGAGCUUUUAUACAAACAUGGAAAACAACUUUGUAGAACUUUUGCCAUUUACCUAGGAUUGGAAUAUGAGCUUUUAUACAAUUCAUAUUCUUAUUUGGCAAAUGCACAGUUUAGUAUUACCUCUCUGGUGGCCUUUACUAGAAAGGCAGUUUUAGAAGCUAUUGUGAUCCACUAAGGAAAUGUUUUAACAGCUAGAGACCACUGCUUGCCUGAAAGGGCGAUCUUAAAUUUGGUGCAGCAAAAAAAAUAAAAAUAAAAAAGAAAAUAAAAAAAAGAAAACAAAUGUAAACAACAUUUGAAGGCCUACAGUGUGUAUAGAGAAAACCUCAUCACAAGAUCAUAAGUGUUACAGUUGUAGGGAAUCAAGAUAUUCUAUUUAAUAGAGCUAUAGUAGAUUGUAGUCGAUUAAACCUGAUCUCAAAGCUCGGAGGAAGCUGAGCAGCACAGGGAAAGACUGUUCUGUGUGCUUUUAUGAAAUUGGGAUGGAAUUGCUAUGCAGAAUUGAGGUUUGUGGCCUCACUGUCCCUCCUAGGGUGCAUGACAAGAUCCCUUCUCUCGAGAAAGGAAAAAAUUGAUCACCCUACCUGCAGUGAUGCCUGGAAACCUACUUGUAGCCACACUAGUCAGUCGAAGCUAAAGGAUUUUCUUUUUCCUUUCUUUGUUUGGGGUUUUAUUGAAGGGGAUAGGGGUGGGAAGGGAUUCUUUUCAGUUUUGUAUAAAAACAAAGUUUACUCAUGCUUUAUAUUAUAUUCUGAUUGCAAGCGUUAUCAGCGUGUGCCACUGGACUCCUGUUGAGGCUGUAGGUGACGGAGGCUGUGGCAGGUUUUAUGACUUGGGCAUGUCUUAUUCAGAAACAAAAACCCCAAAAAACCUUUCUUCAGCAUACCAAGGCAAGCAGCCAUUUCAUGACUCACUAACACAUUGCAGUGUACCAGUUUACAGAUGAUUUUUCCCUUUUUUGCGUGGCACGGCAGUUCCAACCCACAGAGAAUUCCUUAUUUGUAAAUUGGAGGUUGUACUAUGCCUUACAGAGCUUAAAUUCAGAAGUUUGUGCCUCAUAUCUGAAACAAAGGGAAAUAACCCGCCCAUUCGAAAGUAAAUACAUCCCCUCAAAGUGUGUGUGUUGUUUUUUUUAACAUUCCCAUAUAAAGAGCUCUGUUGAAUGUCAUGAAUAGACUGGGGGAGGGGGGCCUUUUAGGAACCUGCAUAUGUUGUUUACUAACAAAUGACAUCUACAAAAGGUAUUUGAAGAACACCUGAAACUUGUAUUUUUUUGUAGAUUAACUAGCAGGUCUAAUAUUUUAAAAGGCAAUUCAGCUAAAGGACAAUUUACUUUUUGUACUUCAGACUAUCUUGAUUGUCAAGGUGUACGAACUGUAAUCUUAAAAUUUAUACUGCCACAUGACUGUAAAUUUUAGUUGUCUUAAGUUAGGAAUCGGUGAAAUGCUAUUUAUGCUGGAUUUGGGUCAAAAUGACUUAUUUGCAAAAAAAUAAAAAAAUAAUGGGAAGAAAGGGCUGCAUAAUGAAAUACCGCAAGACUCAGAUACUGGUUGGAAAUAACCUUCAAAUUACCUUCAAUUUUUCUGUUUUCAGUUUCUCAAAAAAGGACGAAUGAAAUGAAAUAUAGCAGAAUGUUAACCCAUAUAAAAAUAAAGUGUACCCAAAUAUUGUAAUGUA